AUGAAGGCCGUACUCCUCUCGCUCGCCGUCCUGGCCUCCUCGGCCAUGGCCCAGACCUCCUCGGCCUGCGGUGCCGACUACAUUGUCGAGUCCUGCUUGAGCUCCGAGAAGGCUAAGCUUGCCACUUGCGACGGCAAGGACUACGACUGUCUCUGCCAGUCGUGGAAGAACAUUCUCACCUGCUACAACAACUGCCCCAACGACAGCCGUCUCGAAAACGACGCCGGCCAACGCGACAUCUUCUGCAGCUACGCCACCCAAUUCGCCUCGUCCAGCACCGCCGCCCCAGCCAAAUCCACGACCGCUGGUGUCCCGGCCCAGAGCACCGGUGAUUCCACGGACGCCACUGCCACCAACACCGACGGGCAGGCGCCCACGGGAACGACGUCGGGUAACGGCGGCGCGACUGGCACGAACAGCGCGGCUGAUCUGGCGCUGAACGCGGGUGGUGUGUUGGCGGCCGUUGCGGGUGUUAUGGCUGUUCUGCUUUGA